AUGGCUAAGGGAAUGACCCCGAGGCCGAGAAGCCAACGGGCAUGUGAAAGCUGUUACCGGAAGAAGACCAAGUGCGAAGUCGAAGGGCUCGGAAAGGUCUGUGUCCAAUGUGCUCGUCGCGGGAUCAGAUGCACCUUCUCCGGCGCGGAGAAUGCCGAUACUCAGAGCGAGGAAUAUGUGAAGUCCUUGAAGGAUCGUCUGGAGAGAGUAGAGUCUUUGCUCAAGACUGCGGGUAUUUUGCAUGAGGACGAUAUGGCUGAGGAGGACUUUUCAAAUGAUGAGACUGAAAUCCUAGAAGAGAAAUGGGCUGCUCGCCACCAACGACCAGACUCAUCUACCACUGUAUCAAAUCGCGCGUCCAUGACCCACGAUAUUGAGAAUUAUGCCGGCGGUGGCGAUCUCGACUCGACUUCUUUAUUUAAGCAGCAUGAGCAGGAUGACUCGCGAUAUUUUGGGAGGGCAGGACGAUCAUGCUCAUUGUCAAUUCUUUCCCGAGAUGGAAUUGAGUGGAUUAAGAAGAAAACUGGCGAUGUCAGCUUCUUAAAUAUAAUAUCUACGGAUUCUACCCACGAUAAUCCUUGGAAUCAAUGGCGGCCGGAUGUCUUUCACGACCUUUUUGCCUCUCAAGUAUUCAAGCCUCUACCGCCUCGAUCAGAGGUGUUCUCUCUCAUCAAAGACUUCUUCCAAACAGCGAACAGACUAUUUCCGAUCUACCAUGAGGCCUCCUUUAUGAAGAUGGUUGAGUGGCAGUAUACACAGCAGACCUGUGAUGAUGCCGCGCGAUGGGCCAGCAUCAACAUGGUCAUCUGUCUUGCUUACGAAUACCGAACCUCAAACGGCCCAAAGCCCGAGAAACACCGGGAAAAGGCUCGUUUCUAUUUCAAAAAUGCAAUGUCGGUUUUCACGGAUUUAGCUUUGCGUCGCACCGAUCUUCUCAGCGUCCAGGCUUUGCUGAAUAUGGCAUUCUUUCUUCGUGGUAACUCGGGUACUCAGUAUUCAUUGCCUCUCAUCACCGCCGCUAUGCGAUCUUGCCAACGGAUGGGCCUCCACCGUAACAUUGCCAGGCCGGAUUUGAGCCCUGCACAACGAGAGCAGAGGCGACGAGUAUUCUGGGUCGCUUUUACUAUUGAUCAGAGUACCUGCUUAAGAGCAGGAAACGCCCCGUCCCAGCACCCCGAUGACUUCGACGUCCCUCUGCCCGAAGAAAUAGAAGACGACAGAAAGCCCGGAUCACCCAGCAAUAUUGCAUUUUUCCGACAGCUCUGUCGCAUGUCAGUGAUCAAAAGUCGUAUCUUCUGUGGUCUUUACUCAGCCAAGGCAAUGCUCAAACCGGCCCGUGAGAUAUACCAGACGGUCAAAGAACUGUAUGCAGAGCUUGAGGACUGGAAAAAAGAUUACCCCUUGGACGACAAUCCUAAGCUUCAAGUUGAUGAAACCGAUUUCCUAUUUGGAUUUGCUACUAUUGGUCUCCAUUUUGUCUAUUACAAUGCCCUCAUCAUGAUCCACCGCAUACCCCUCCUGUUACACUAUCUAAUAGGCCAGCGUGAGGAAACUCCUCCAGAGCUCAAGUUGCUCAGCAUCGCCCAUGCCUCGAAAUCAGGAGUCAUCUGCGUACAGGCUGCGCGGGAUACGCUAAAAAUCGUUAAUAAUAUGCCGUGGGGAGACAUUGCAUGGAUAUGGAGCCUUCUGUACUACGUCUUCCUAGCAGCAGCAACGAUUUUCUCCAGCAUCAUUCGCGAUACUCGCGGUCCGCAUGCUCGAGAUGAUCUCGCAACUCUCAACAUGGCUGCGACCUUCUUCGCAACCCUCGUCCCUGGUGACGGACCAAUCAACUAUGCAGGUUUCAUGACUCGCAUGAGCGCCAACUUGGAGCGUAUUGCCAGAUCAGCAGUUGAAAAGGACGAGAAACGGGCUCUCAAAGGACCCAGCAUGGCCACGGCACCUUCACGACCCCAAUCCUACCCAUCAAUUCCCCGCUCCCAAAUGCCAGACCUCAGCAUUCCCGAAGCCCUAGAAGGGCUUCCACCCGUCAACUCCUCCGGCUACGUCGUCCCACUUAGCCCAAGCGUCACGGCCAACUUCCCAACGAUGCCGCAACAACCUCCAACCACAAAUUACAGCACGGGUCUAGGCCUAGACCUCAAUGGCGCAAAUGCCAGCGACAUGGGCCUUGCACCCUGGCAACUCUCACAAGAUCAUACCCAGCCCCGCACCACAAAUUCAUCUCCCAUGGAGAACACCCACUCCCCUUCUCCCAAAGCAGCACAAGCACAUCGGGCAACAUAA